AAGUCUUGCUCCUCGUGGGGGCCAGAAAUCUCUUUCAAGCUCCAGAUUGUAAAGGGUUCCUGGGUGAGCAGUGGGUCCCUGUCCCCAUCUCCAGGGGCUUUUGGAUGGGACGUUGCUCUGGAAGGAGCCAUGGACCUCUGGCUUUGGUCACUUUGCUUCCUGACAGUGGCUGGGGCUCUGAGGAACCUCCCAGAAGUAAAGCUGGAGGGAAUUCUGGGUAGCUCCAUUACCAUUGAGUGCCCGCUUCCUCAAAAGCAUGUGAGGUUGUAUCUGUGCCGGGAAGUGGCUGAAUCUGGAGUAUGUUCCACCGUCGUGUCCAGCAAGAAUUUCGUCAAGGAAGAAUACAAGCACCGAGUCACCCUGAAGCCAUAUCCAGAUCAGAAUGUGUUCCUAGUGGAGGUGACAGAGCUGACCAAGAGUGACAGCGGAGUCUAUGCCUGUGGGACAGGCAUGAACACAGACCGGGGCAAGACCCAGCAGGUCACCCUGAGUGUCCACAGUGAGUAUGACCCAUUCUGGGAAGACGAGCUGAUGCCUGAGCCUCCAAGAUGGUUUCAUAAAUUUUUACAUAGACCGAUGCCUCCUUGGUUCCAGAUGCCUGCACAUGCCGAUUCUCUUGAAUUCAUACCUAAAGCUACCCCACCAGCUCAAAGGACUGAGGCUCCUCCAGCAACCCACCCCUCCCCCACCACCCGAAUCUCUCACCACCUUCAAGUUUCCAGAGCAUCUUCAGUAGCAGUUACCAAGCCCCCAACCUUCCUGCCAUCUACCACCACAACCUCAAAGACCUCAACUCCGGGGGUGCUUCGUAGGCUCCAGACGGCCAGCUACAACUACCACAGCAGGCUUCACAGGCAGAGAGCCUUCCACCAAGGCCCGGUGUCUGGGAUGGAAGACCAAGGAUUUCACAUCCUGGUGCCCACCGCCCUAAGCCUCAUCUUGCUGGCGCUUGUUGGACUGUUAGUGAAAAGGGCCAUUCAGAGGAGAAAAGCCCUCUCCAGGCGGGUCCGCCGAGUGGCGGUGAGGAUGCGCGCCCUGGAGGCGUCCCAGCGGCCCCCGCAGCAGCGGCGCCGCGCGUCGCAGCCGCCACGCUCCCAGAACAUCUACAGCGCCUGCCCGCGGCGUGCUCGGGCGGCGGACGCUGCAGGUGUGCCGGAGGCUCCUCUCGCAGGCCCUGGAGCGUCAGCACCCCAGGCCGCGCCGCAGGUAAUGGAAACUCUCUGGCUCCAUGCCCCGUCUCUGAAGACCAGCUGUGAAUAUGUGAGCCUCUACUACAAGCCUGUUGCCAAAGCAGAGGACACUGAUUCAGAUGACUAUGUCAAUAUUCCCUGCCUGACUCACCUGUCCCACUGUCCCCCUGGGCCCAGACCUUGGUGCCAAUGAGUCUUGUCUAUCUGCUGGUUUCCAAUACCUCCUCUGUUUUUGGAGCCCUUAUUACCUCCCACACUAACCUUAAGUCUUGUUCCUGUCUCUCCUGAACAUAGCUCUGUACCCCCUCCUGUUUCUUCUUGCACACCUCUACAGCCCUCUGUGGUUUUCAGGUGGGCUCUGGGCAGGCAGAGUAUUUGUCCCCGUGCUACCUGCUUCCCUUCCAAGCCAAUGGGAUUUGCAGAGUGUCUUUGAUCACAGGGUCUUUGCUGCCCUGGCUCCAGACACAUGGCAUCAGACUGGAGGAUAGACAUAAGUGUUGCUUCGGGGGACUUUCUCAGUCUUGGGCCUCAUACCAGUCAGAGGCCCCCAGACCGCCUCAUGAGGGCAUGCCUCAGGCCUGUGAGCUAGGAAGGGGCCUGGUAUGAAAUGCCCCUGGCAACAUCUUUGCCCUGAUCGUAGGGCUGGCUCUUACUAGUGAGCUUCUAUUCAUCUUGAGUCCUAUGAUAAGGACAUUUCAUUUUGAGAUGACAAUAAAGGGUUAUAAAUUUUCAGAACCAUGCUUGUUAGUGUUAGUGACCAUCCAUCUAUCUAUCCAUCUAUCCAUCUAUCUAUCUAUCUAUCUAUCCAUCCAUCCAUCCACCCACCCAUCCAUCCAUCCAUCUACCUACCUACCUACCUACCUACCUACCUACCUAUCUAUCCUCUUUACUGUCUCCCUCCUUUGAUGCCCAUAAGUACCCUGAUCAGUGUCUUUCCUCUUUUGAAAAUAGGAUAGUUUGUGUCGUCAUCUCCUUAUCUUUCUUCCAUGGCCUAGCACUGAUAUUUGUGCACUUUCUUUAGUGCCGGGCUAGUUUGGCCAUCCCAAACCA